AUGAAGCUCAAGCCAUGGUCAAUCCGAGUCGGGACGCGACUCUCUCGUCCAUUUCUUUAUUAUAACCCCCACUCAAGCGUCCGAAGCUUUUCCGCUUCUUCACCCUCUCAAUACCGACCUCUAAACAUCCUCGAAAAUGCCACCCUGGACACCUUCCGGCAGCAAUGCUUCCUCCCCGAAAAACCGGCAAUCCUCCCACGCUCUACCUUCCAAGACCUCCCCGCCCGGAAACAAUGGUUCAAACGCGCGCGCCCCGAGUCAACGCCGAACCCCGUUGCAAGCCUGAACGUGGAAUAUCUCCAGAAACAUGGCGCCGAUGCGUUCGUCCCACUGGAACUCACAGAAUCUACAUCGAAUGCUGAAUCUGGAUCUGGAUCUGGCGGUGGGACAACAGAAACACAUAGUUUCCGGCAAUUCCACGCGCCGCUCACGCUCUUCCUCGACUGGAUGCGCACGGCCGAGACCACUUCCCAAUCAACGCGGCUCUACCUAGCACAAUGCCAGCUCCUGGACCUCCCUCCCGUGCUUCGAGAAGAUUUCCCGACACCGGAGCUCGUGGCGCGCGCGGGCAAGGGUGAUGUAUAUGAUACGAAUGUCUGGAUUGGCCACCCGCCUACUUAUACGCCGCUCCACCGCGAUCCGAACCCGAACUUGUUUGUCCAGCUGGCUGGGGAGAAGGUUGUGCGACUGCUUGCACCGGCGGAUGGGCAGGCUGUGUUUGGGGCUGUGAGGGGGCAGCUGGGGAAGAGUGGGAGUCGGGAGGCAGCGGCUUUCCGGGGAGAGGAGAUGAUGCAGGGGAGGGAGAGGGCGUUGUUAGAUGAGAUGGUUUGGGGGACUCCGGUGUCUGCUGGUUCGGAUGCUGGGGUUGGAUUUGAAGCGUGUCUUGGUGCCGGUGAUGGCUUGUUCAUUCCUAAGGGAUGGUGGCAUAGUAUUAAGGGUGUUGGUGGGGGUGUUACAGCUUCGGUCAACUGGUGGUUUCGAUAG